AUGGCAGCGAGCGAGCGAGUACCUAGACUCUUGUCUCUCUGUCUCUUUUUUCUUCUGUUUGAACCGGGAACCGGAACGGAAGAACGUGGAGGGGGGAAGAUGUUCGAGUUGAAAUUACAAAGCGUUUUGUCAAUCUUAUGCAGCAGCUCUAGAACUUGUAGCCUGAUACAAACCUUAUGGACCAACAAGUGUGGCAGACAGAGCCUGAGCAUGAUCAGAAAGGGAAGGUCUCCUCUAUUCCGAAAGGACACGGAUAAGAUUACAGACGGUUCCGGAUUACCUGUGUUUCCCGAGCACUGCGUCUUACAAGAUGAUCCAAUUUAA